AUGCCUCCCAAGAAAACCCCCAGCGAAGCAGGCGAGACGAAGUUCGGCUGGACAGCAGAGAAUGACCGUCUACUUCUGAUUCUGACCAUGGGCCGAACGCUCACUACGGACGACUACAGUAGACUCGUCGAUGCUAUACCGGGCUCAAACUACAACGGCGUCCGCAUCCGCGCGAGCAGGAUGCGCAUCGAGCAGCGCAGCAGGUUCGAGGCGCUGGGAUGGCGCAACGUCGAGGGUGUUGUCAAGGGCGUGAAGAUCAAUGCUAAAGCUAACACCGUACUCGCUGCUGCUGGGAUCGAGGGUUCCGAGCGCACUGCGAAGAUGACUGCGGAGACUGCGGAGAUUGCGGAGACUGCGAAGACGACGUCCACGAAGCGCAAGACCAAUUCUGAGACCGACGGCGACGACAACGACAGCAAGUGCGAUGUCGAGACGCGGGGCGAAGCCAAGAAGGCCAGGGUGAAGAAGGGAGGGGAGCGCAGUGGGGCUGCAGAGGUGGCGAAGCAGGAGGAGGGCGAAGAAGAUGAGGAUGGAGGUGGUGAGAUCAAGAUUGAAGUCUAG